AUGCCGCUUGCAAGCCCUAUCAAUUUCCCAAAAUGGCUCUCUGAACAUGAACACCUUCUCCAACCGCCUGUGAAUAAUUUUUUGUUACAGCGCGGCGAUUUCAUAAUUAUGGUCGUUGGGGGACCUAACGCCAGAACCGAUUAUCAUAUCAAUCAGACGGAGGAAUGGUUUUACCAGUAUAAAGGUGAUAUGCUCCUAAAGGUGGUGGAUGGUGGUGAAUUCAAAGAUAUCGCUAUUCGGGAGGGCGAUAUGUUCCUGCUUCCGGCCAACGUUCCUCACAACCCUGUGAGGUUUGCUGAUACUGUCGGAAUUGUUAUUGAGAGAAAUCGUAGCUCGGAUGAGAUUGAUAAACUUAGAUGGUAUUGCUCAGCCUGCAGAUCCAUAGUCUAUGAAGAAUCGUUUCAUUGUUAUGACCUUGGCACACAGUUGAAACCGAUCAUUCAAAAGUAUGCUAGUGAUGAACUCUUGCGAACUUGCAAAGGAUGUGGGAAUGUCAAUGAAGCCAAAUAA